CUUUCUCUUGUUGCAGCACUUUCCUACCGAGGUCUAGCGCCAAACUCCAACGGGCGUUGUUUAAGCUCGACCCGAGGGAUUUUUCUUUUCUGGGCAGCCCCGACCUUACCCGCAAUUUUAAUACUCCCAGCGCGCCGUCGCAUGUUCCGCUCGCGCGAGUGAUCGCAGGACCACAAUUAGAUCUCACUUCAACUUUUCCCACUAAACAACGUUCGAAUGGUCUCUUCAAACUGCUCUCCACCGACCGAGAGGUCACGAUCUACUACCGCCCCUCAGUCCGAGGCGCACGAGGCCAGCAAAUCAACCGGCUCGAGUAACCAUGAAUUCGACCGGAAUGCCUCAGUAAUCCCUUUCAAAGGGAGCCUCGACUCCCCUCCUCUAUAUAGUUUCCAGCCCCCGUCGAAUCGCAUUCAGGACUCAAUUACCCAGCACAUCCCUCAUCACCAUCUGCCUUCCUUGCAAAUACGCACGGAUCUGCCAGUCUUUAGUCAAAUGAGCCCUCCGGGGGACGCUGACACCUUGGUCCACCACAGCCUAUCCUCCAGCAGUCUGCCCCGUCGCACUCCUAGUUUACGCGGUUUAUUCGCCGCCGCGCCCAACAGUGGGGGCUCACUGUCGCCCGCUUCUAUUAUCUCAUCACCACAAUUGGUGGCCAUGGGCGACAUCACCCCUUUGCCGUCGCCCAUCAGUGGCAUGUCGCCAUGGAAACACCCCCGGCGCAAUUCCCAGUCCCUCUCGCGGACCCCUUCGAUGGUCUCACGAAAAGGCUCGAGCUUGAGUCUGCGACUUAGCGACUCAUCGCACAUGAUCGGCGCUUGCGAACCGCGACCACGAAGCAGAAACAAACAGUAUACUCUGUCGGAUAAAUUGCACGAAUCGCCGCUCGAGUCACCAACCAAAUCACGACCGGACGGAGCCCCCAAACACGCGCGUAACCGCAGUUUGAGCGAAUAUGUUCCUCCUGGCCGAAGUGUCCCUGUCAAACCAAGACCUAUUGUGGUUUCGGGGACUGGCGCGCCACCGGGAAUCUCCACCUCUACCAGCACUGACUCGAAUGCGCAUAACCUCCACCGGGAACAAUACUUAGGUGUGCAUCGUGGGAUUGCACUGCCGACCGUUCGCCCGCCGAGCCCGCCACGUAGUAGCCGCAGCGGACUCGACGAAGAGGACAGCGGGCCUGUGAUUACUCCUGUCCCGGACACUGCGGAUGAAAUAUACUCGGUGCGGUCGGUGCGCACCCAGCAACGUCGGAAAUAUCGCAAGAUUCGUCAACUUGGCCAGGGCACAUUCAGUCAAGUCAGUCUGGCCGUCCGCGUGGAGACGCGAGACAGCGAGCCUCCACGCAAUGGCUAUAGCUUGAAGGACGUGAACCUCGCGACCCAGAAGUUGGUUGCGGUCAAAAUCAUCGAGUAUGGGCCCGCGGGCGGCGCGGACGAGGAGCGUCUGGAGGUAUCGCUCAAGCGCGAGGUGGAGAUCCUUAAGUCAGUGAACCAUCCGUCCUUGGUUCAGCUGAAGGCCUUCGGCAGCGACGAGAAACGUGCACUUCUGGUUUUGGACUACUGUCCGGGCGGGGAUCUGUUCGAUGUGGCUUCUUCCAGCACUCGGCCCAUGAGUCCCCCAAUCAUUCGUCGCAUAUUCGCCGAGUUGGUGGCAGCUGUUCGCUACCUCCACGAGCACUAUAUCGUGCACCGUGACAUCAAGCUAGAGAAUGUUCUUGUUAAUCUCCCCGUCCUCGCCAUGGAGAAAAUCAGUGACUGGCGCACAUACGAUCGAGCGAUCGUGACCCUCAGUGAUCUGGGUCUAUCCCGAAGGAUACCGGAGCCUCCAGAAAGUCCUCUCUUGCAAACCCGCUGCGGCAGCGAGGACUAUGCGGCACCGGAGAUUUUGAUGGGCCAAUCAUAUGAUGGACGGUCGACUGAUGCAUGGGCGCUGGGGGUGUUGCUCUAUGCGAUGAUGGAGAAUCGACUGCCAUUCGAUGCGUUGCCGGGUACUCGGGGCGACCCGGCCAAGCUACGGGCACGAACACCCCAUCGCAUCGCGCGAGUGGAGUGGUCCUGGUACCGAUAUGCGGACAGUGAUGGCGAGUGGGAUCCCGCCAAAGGGAGCGACCUGGAAGGUGCGCGGGAAUGCGUGGAGGGACUCUUGAAGCGCAACACCAAGAGAAAGAGUCUUGACGAGAUCGCGACGUUGCCAUGGGUGAAGGAGGCGAUUGACGUGCCUGGGGGCCUGAAGAGAGGAGACAAAGAAGUGCCCUAGAGCUGGCCUCUUGGACCUGCAUAUUACCAUUCUUAUCUUUCUGUUUAAACCAUACCAUUUCCCUUCUUUUUCUUUCGUUCGUUCUUUCUCUCUUUCUGCUUUGUUUCUGCAUGUCUUAUGAUUUCACGGCGUGAACCCAAGAGACGAUCCCCACCGCUGACGACGCGACCUUGUGGGUUUCUUCGGUUUAGAUCUAUAUUGUUAUCGAGAGGUAGUUGGUAAUUGGUACAGCGAAGAUAUAAGCUUUGGACUCGUUACUGCUUAAUUAGCACUAACUAUACUGAUUCUCACUCUU